CACCGAAAAAUCAUGUCAUCAGAAGUCGCGACAAGAGGGAGCAGAGAGAAAGAGAGAGAGAGACAUAGAUGGGCUUUGUGAUCAAGGUCUGCAAGUGGUGCUCGCUUCGACCACCAUUUUUGCCCACAGCCGAAAGCACGAUCAACAAUCUCGUCUGGCCUCGCACAUACACUCGCACCUCGCGAGACUUUGUUCGAUCGAAAGCGCGUCGAGAGGGACGUGCUUCAUUUGGCGGGUCAAGUGGUGAGACACAAAACACUUCAAACAGCUCCGCCUAAGCUUUGCCUUUGGAACGUUUCAGGUAGAGCCAAGCGCUAGUCGUGGCCGCCUCUAUUCGACACAGACGCUCACAAAUAGUUGCGCAUUCAGCAUGACCACCUCUUCCACGCCAACGGCUUCCCGCCCUUCCGCCCUUCCGGCCCUAACCUCUCCAUCCCAAGCGCUUCAGAGCACCCUCUUCUCCACCUGGUAUCCCAACUUUCGAAAGAUCUCUCCCAAAGCUACCAUCAUAGAUUUGCAAGAGGUGCAACCAGAAUUUUUGAAAUGGUUAGAAGAGGAUGGCAUCGUCUUGCCUGAGGGCUCUGACUUGCCCAUAGGAAGAGAAGGGGAGCAGCAGACGACGCGGAGACCAACAGAUGCGCAGGACGAGGACGAUGCGGAAGAUGUGAGACCGGCUAAAUUUGAUAGGCUGGAUGCCAGGAUCAGAGACGUCAUCAAGAGCUACGAUGGCGCCGUCUUUCCUAAGCUCAACUGGAGCGCACCUUUGGAUGCUGCCUGGAUCGUAGCUGGCUCGACCCUGCGAUGUACGACGCCUGCCGAUGUCUACUUGCUGCUCAAGUCGUCCGACUUUGUCGCCAACGACACGGAGCAAGCCAAGCUUCUUUACGAUGCUCAGUCGACUGCUGGGAAAAGUGCAGUGGCCAUCUCUUCCACCGAUUCGCAUCGUGAGGACACCUCUGCACCCGCUGCGCAGGACGAGUUGGAGAUCGCCACAAUGAGCAGCGGUGGUGCGACUCUUGAGCCCAUGAAGAAUGUGCCAGCAGGCUUGGUGCUCAAGAAAUGGUUCGACAUGCCACCUUCGCACGAGUAUCGAUGUUUCGUUCGAGCGGCCAACCUGAUCGGCAUCUCUCAGCGCGACAACGUCUUCUACUCCCACCUGCAAGACGUUUCGACGCAGCAAACCAUCCGUGCGCAGCUCGUCGACUUUUACGAAACGUACCUCCGACCUAGAACGCCGCCGCCUGGCGCCAAAAAAGGAAGAGAUGCGGGAUUCAGUGUUCAGGACUUUGUGUUCGAUGCGUACUUGACUAGAAAUAUGGACCGCGUAUUCUUGGUGGACGUGGGGCCUUAUUUGCCCAGGACGGACAGUCUGCUGUGGACUUGGGAAGAAUUAGAGUCGGAAGCGGCCCGCAUACACGGAGAGCAAGGGCACCGCAUUGCUCAAGCGAGCAGAUCUCCACCCGCUCAACCGGAGCUGAGACUCAUCAGCAGCGAAGGACAGGCUAGUCAGUCUGCCCCAACGCAUGUCAGGAAUAUGGUUCCCAGAGACGUUCUGCAGCACAGCGACGGCAAGAGCAUCGUUGAAUUUGCGAGGGAAUGGGAGGAGAGUCUUAGAGGUGCCGUGCUGGAAGGUGAGGGUAAGGGCGCACGCGAGACCAAUACAUUACAGGCGUCAAUGCAGCAGCAAGGCGAAAAGCAAUCGGGACCGGAAGCUCCUCCGCUUGAGGAGGCCGGGGAACGACCAAGUGCAGCGACGGAUAGGCAGGUCAGAUUCGAUGGAGUGGACGCGUCGGACGAAGAGUCCGAGAAAGCUGAGACGGACAAUGAAGAAGAUGCGGCCGAGCGCGGCGAGGGCACUUCCAUUGGACAGGCUGGAUUCUUUGCGGCGCUUGGUGGUCUAGACGACGGGACUUCAGGAGAAGGAGAAGAUUCGCUGCGAAAGAAGACUGCGAGGAGAAAGAAAAAGAGAAAGUCGAAAGAGGGAACGAAUGCUUCGAACGAUGCUGAUGCUGCCGAGGCUACGACUGCACCGGGCAUUGGAACAGAUCAAGUUACGAAGCCCGCCUCAGGUGCGGGAAAGACUGGUCCGCAGCCACAAGCUCAAAGAAAAGCCAAGAAGCCUAGCAACGGCCGCGCGAGCGGAUCUAGCAAGGCAAAAGCAGAUGGUGAAAAGACGCUUGGCAAUAUGAGCAUGGACGAAUUCACCGAGCUGUUGGCCUCGCAAGCCAAGUUGUCUGGUCGCUCGUCGGAGUUGUCUGGCGACGCAGUCGGAUCGUCGACAUCUCAAGAGGCUGAUGCUUCCUUCUCCAACACGCACCUGUCAUCCUUGCGCUCCCUUCUGGCUCUCAGCGCAUCAUUCCUCGAUCCUACGGUCGAGCUCAAGCGACAAUUCGGAGCUGCAGCUGUCAGAGCUUAUGAAGCCGAAAUGGCAGCCUCGGGAAACAAUACUGCGGGCGGUGCCGCAUCUAGGAGAGCGCAGACAAAUUGGAACUCCAAUAGUAGGUUCAGGAACACCUUGGUACAGCCGCCCGACACUUGGCCGCCUAUCAGUAGGACGUUUACGGGAAUGAACAUGGAGACGCUGACUUCGGAAAGGGGAAGGAUGGGUGCUUGGAUACAUAGCCGCGCUUAUCGCCAAGUGCAGCUGGCAUUCUUGCAAGCAGUACAAUCGUACGAUCCGAAUCAAUUGGUAGCUCUGCUCAGGCAGUGUCCCUGGCAUGUGGACACCCUGCUGCAGUUGUCGGAUAUUUCUCGCCAUCAAGGAGAUCUAGGCCAAGCUUCAGACUUCAACGCUCGCGCCUUGUUCGCAUACGAGCGGACCGCCUCUCCUAUCUUUACCUCCGGCCUGGUGUCUUCUUCGGGCCCUCCUCAGGUGGACUUUGCAAAGGUGGAGAAUAGAGGAUUGUGGUUGGCGGUGCAUCGGCAGAUUAACUUUUUGUGCAGAAAGGGAACGUGGAGGACGGCGUUGGAGUGGACAAAGUUCAUACUCGGAUUGGAUCCCCUGGAGGACCCGCACGCUUCGGUGCUUUGGAUCGACUUUAUCGCCGUCAAAGCUAGACAGUACGGCUGGUUCGUCGAGAUGCUCGACCAGCUCGACGCUAGCAAUGCCAAAUUGUUGCAAGCCCAGGGCAAGGCCAAAGAGCUUCGCGUCAAGCUCAAUCCGCUCGAGCAGAAACUUUGGAAAGAAGCUGGGCUUGCGCAAGAGCCUUGGUCCGCCUUGGAUUGGACGGUGGGUCUGUAUUACGCUAGAGCGCUGGCUGUCAGAGCUAUUGAGAAAGACGAGGGCAGGCAGGAGAGUGAACGCAGCAGCGCAGCGCUCAAGCUGGCCAUUGCAAGAUGCCCCGUCUUUGUGACCAUGCUCUUCGACAAGAUCGGCAAUGCGCUUCCACAAUCCCUUGCAGGUUCGAAUCUGUUCCGCAUCGAUGAGGACAGAUACUCGGCCUCGGAAGACGCGCUUGCUCUGUUGCUUGGCAAUAUCUACGUGGCUAGGAGCGAGAGCCUUUGGAGAGAACCUGCGACGAACCAGUGGCUUUUAGAUACGUUGGAAGAGAUUUGGCCUGAGCUACAGAAGAGCGAGAACAAGCCGAGACCUUUGCAAUGCUCAGACACCCAUCGUCGAGCCGUGUAUAGGCACGUUCUGGUGUCCGACUUGCCCGACGCAUUGCGUCAAAAGCUCAUAGGGUACUUUCCUCCCGAGAUCACAAACAAGGAAUCGCUGGACGCGUGGGACCCCCUGCCUCCUAAAGGUCCUCAUGCGACGUGCUACGACGACGAGUACUUUGCGCCUGUACAGCGGGAGAGGGAGAGGCAGAUGAGGGCGAGCGGGCUGGCUUCCAAUGUUGCCGGUGCUGCAGGAGGUGGAGGGCUGGCCAAUGCGCUGCAGAACCUUGUCAACAUGAUGCGAGGAGGUGGGGGCGGACUGGAGGAGUGGGGGGCUGCGAUGGAGCAGAUGGACGACGAGACUCGGGAAGACCUCAUGGCCGAGCUGAUGCAGAUGACGGCUGAGGCGAGGCGAAAUAGAGGCGUGGCGGCAGAUGAACCUCCGGGCGCAUUUGGUCAGGCUGCUGAUGAAGAUGGAGAAGAAGGCGAUGAAAUGUUUGCGGAGGCGGAAGAAGGAGAUGAUGCAGAUAUGGGGCCUAUUGGCAUGCUGCGCAACGCGUUAAGAGGCUGGUGGGGCGGCGAUCAGGCUCAGGCUCAGGCGGACACCCUAGGUGAAGAAGAGGCGGAGCAGCACGACGCAGAAAAUGCGUGAUCAGCUUGGUGUCAUCCUUCCUCCAGGGCAGUGUUCGUGCAAAUCGUUCACGCAAUACAUGGCUGUUUGUCUGAA